UAUUCUCGUAUGUUGAUAUCAUUUCUCUUACCCGAUACCCAAAUUCCUAACCAUGAAAUUCUGACCGUUUUAGGUUUGUAAAAGUUAUGUCAGUGUAUCAUGACGAAAUUGAAAUUGAAGACUUUGAAUACGACGAGGAGGAAGAAACGUAUUACUAUCCUUGCCCGUGUGGGGACAGAUUUCAAAUUACUAAGGAGGAGCUGAAAGCUGGUGAAGAAGUUGCAACGUGCCCCAGUUGUUCCCUGAUUGUUAAAGUUAUAUAUGAUCUUGAAAAAUUUCAGAAAGAGGACGAAGAAGAAGAGAAAGAACCUAGUUCCAACAAAGAAAAUCUUAAGAUCACUGCAUAGUGAGAAAUAGCAAAAUGGCUGG